AUGGCCAUUUUACAGAACAUACUGGACGAGAAGGCCGAACAUGGCGGCAACACCCAUGGCGGGGACGUUGGCAGCAGUCAGGACGGCAGCGUCAUCGGUGGGGGAGGAGGAGCUGCUGCCGGAGGUGGUGGUGCUAGAGCCAGAGGUGCCGUCGGCAGUGGUGGGGUCGCUGGUCUCAGCCUCGCACUUGUAGGUACCGUGGAUGGUGUUGUCCUUCCAGGAGUUGAAGGUGGAGCAGCUGAAGUUACCAGUGCUCUGCAUGUUGAAUCCACCACGAACGUUCUUGAGCGAGGGAAGAGUGGCCUUGUCGAAAGCACCGCUGAAGUCAAUGGCACCGGUGACGGUGGCAAGCUUGGGGAAGCUGAUGGACUUGAGCUUGUCGUUGCGGGUGAUCAGGAAACCACCGUUGACGGUCUCCAGGACGGGAAGGCUGAGGUUGGAGAGCUGGGAGUUGUCCUCGAAAACAAGGUCACCAGUUUCCGAGUUGCCCCAGAAACCGAGCUGACCCUCGAGCUUGGUGAGAGAAGGAAGAGAGACCGAGCUGACGUUACGGAUGGUCAGGUUGGUACCGGAGGCGAGGUUGGGAAGAGAGAUCUCCAGCUCGUCGUAGUUACCAGCGAAGUUGAUCAGGUUGGUGGCGUUCUUGAGGUUGUUCACGUCGACGGUCUCGAGCUGAGUGUUGUCGGUGACGAUGAAGCUCUGAACAGAGUUGAGCGAAAUUCCGUCGAGGGAAGAGAGACCGGUGUUGACGAUAGAGACACUGCCGGCCUUGGUGACACCCUUGGUGAAACCGAGGCUCUGGAGGACGGGGACGGCCUGGAAGUCAAUCUCGCCGACCGAGGUGAGCUGAGGGAAGUCAAGCGAGGUGAGCGAAGUAGCACCAUCGAGCUUGAAGGUGUCGUCAAUUGUCUCAAGAGUGGGUGCAGAGAGGGCGGUGAUGUUCGCGCCACCGGUGCUGGACAGGGCACCCUUGAUCCUGGUAACACCGUUGAUGGUGACAGAGCCGGACAGGCUGUCGGAGAGCUCGACAUCACCGUCAAGAGUCUCACAGGUGUUGUAGCCGUCCAGGUCGCUCUGGCUGCUGAUGCGAAGACGGCGUUGGCCGCAGCGAGGGCGGGAAGAGCGUAUUUGACGAAAGCCAUUGCUAUGUCUCUGAAGCAAAGUGCAUGA